GGUGGAGCGUCCGGAAAUUCAACUGAAGAAUCAGAAAAUGAAGAGGGUGAGGAGGAAACAGAGUCUGAAAAUGAUGAGGAAGCUUCUGCUGAUGAAAAAUCAAAGGAAGGAAAGGUAGAAGAGGAUGUCAUUGAAGCUAAACAUGAAAAUAAGGCUGAAUCAGCUCCGAAGGAGAAGGCAGAUACUGGAUCUGAUGGAAGGAAGUCCGGAAAAGAAGCAUCUACCAAGUCUGUAGUGGCGGCUGAUGGUACAUCUGCCAAGCCCAAGGAUGAAUCACCGAUGGAGAAUUCGUCAGAGGAGUCAUCUGAUGAGGAAGAAGAAACCAAAGAAAAAGAGGUGAAGAAGACCAUUGAGAAGGAAGAGGAGUCUAAGGAAUCUGCAAGUUCGUCGUCUGAGAGCGAGUCUGAGACCUCGGAGGAAAGUGAGUCUGAGGAGGAAAAAGUGCCGACCUCCGCAACUGUCACUGGGUCGAAAACAGAGCAGAAGGAGGAAUCGAGCUCUACAGAAAGUGAAUCAGAAUCUGAGUCCGAAUCUGAGUCUGACGAGGAGAAGGAUGGGGGAAACACGAAAGAUGAAAAGAAAUCACCAACGGUAGAUAAGAAGACAGAGUCAAAAAAGGAAACAUCUGAAAGCAGUUCUGAGGAGACAACGAGUAGCAGCGAGGAGGAGUCGGAUUAG